CAUAAUCAUGUCACUAAUUCAAUUUUAUUCAAAAUGAAAAUACUUAAUUUGGUCGUCAAAAUAAUUCAUUAACUUCUGUUGUUUUUUUUAGUAAGACGUAUUUAAUCAUUGAAGAGCUUAAAUUUUACAAUUAUGGAUCUACAACAAACCGUACAGGAUCUAUUCACGUAUGAAAAUGGAAAAUUCACACAAUUUUGUCAUCUGUUGCAUGCGGAAAAAAUCAUGUUAAACAUGAUGCAACCGAUAAAUCGGCGAAGUUUUAGCAAUCCAGAGCUUCGUGAUGAUAAUGUUAUAAUAAAUGAAAAUUUUCAUCGAUUUCGUCAAUUUUUGAUAACGAAAAAUUUUCAACAAAUUUCAAAUAAUGAAUAUAACAAAACUAUUGUACCUAAUUCUAGUGAACAGCCAAAACCUACAGAUAAUUGUGAUAAUUUCAAUAUAUGUGAUAUAAAACAUAUACCCGAAACACGACCAACGCCUAUUCCACGUAAAAGUCGCAGCAAAAAGAUACUAAAUCCAGAUAAUUCAAAAAAUUUGAAUUCGUUUCAAGAUGAAAUUCAACAAAACAAUGAAUUGAUCAUGGAACCUAUUAUCAGACAACAGAAUUAUGAUCAUAAUGACGAUUCUGAUCAUUUGUCAAUAAAAACGUGCAAUAGUUUACCAACUCAUAUUCCAAACAACAAAAAUAGAUACCGGCAAUAA